GUUAGGGAGGGAGAGGGUGAGGGAGAGAGUGUGUUAGGGAGGGAGAGAGAGUGUUAGGGAGGGAGAAGGCGAGGGAGAGAGCGUGUUAGAGAGGGAGAGGGCGAGACUUGUUUAGUGAUGAAAGCCAAUAGAAAGUCUGCUGGGUGAUAAUAUCCACAUGUGGGAGAUGGAGAGGAGCCAGAACACAGAGACACAGCGAGAGAGAGACCCUAACCACAGGAACUCAGGCUGUCCAUGGGCAUCCAUACAGCUACCUCACCAGGACCCCGAAGAGAGUCACGGACUGACCAGGGUAGAGACCAGCAAACAAACCACCCAAAAAAAGCUCAGCAUAGAAACCAUGACCUGACAGAAGAGCUGAAAAACCUUCAAACUGACCACCAAAACAUAGGAGCCAACCAAUGAGUGACCAACGAAUAGACCACCUCAACCCCUGACCUCUGUCUCUACUGGAAUACUUACCUAACCCUAACGCAGAGACAGACCGGGACACAGAGAGAGAGAGAGAGAGAGAGGACGCUUUGGACACCUGAAACAAGAGGAUGUACAGACAGUUUGUUCUGUCAAUCCUGCUUGCAGGCGUCCUGUGCCUGGUGGGCGGCGACACCCGCAAGACCCGCCUCCAAGGCUCCAUCCCCAACCCUUUCAAAGGGAACGGCAACACCUCUGACAAACGCACCCGUAAACAGGAAAUACUUGCCUCCAGCCAGGAAGCUCUGGUCGUCACAGAGAGGAAGUACCUGAAGAGUGACUGGUGCAAGACCCAGCCGCUGCGUCAGACGGUGAGCGAGGAGGGCUGUCUCAGUCGUACCGUCAUCAACAGGUUCUGCUACGGACAGUGUAACUCCUUCUAUAUCCCACGACACGUUAAGACGGAGCAGGAGUCUUUCCGGUCCUGUGCUUUCUGCCGGCCGCAGCGUUUCACCACGCUGACCGUAGAGCUGGACUGUCCUGACCUCCAGCCACCCUUCAGGCACCGCAAGAUCCAGAGAGUCAAACAGUGUCGCUGUAUAUCGGUCUCCGUCGGUGACUCUGGGAAGCGGUGAUACUCGUCUCUUUUUUUAUCAUCUUGGACAAUCCCUAGAUACUGUCCAGAUAUUCCGCUGACCUCACAGGAGACAGUUUGUACAAGACUCGAGUACAUGGAGGGUGAGGACAUGCAUUUUUACUGAUGGCACAUAGAAUGAAUACAUAAAAGCUGAAGGGGCCCACUCUCUUUAGAAGUACUGAGCAUGACGGAUGUUUCUAUGGAGCAGCUCUGUGUUGAUCAUACCAAGCACUCUAUAUGAGACAAACGGACAUUUCUACAACCCAGACCGAUUAAACCCAUGACUAUAUACACUCUGUAGUUCAAAGAUGGUGGAUAAAUGAAGAUGUCUUACUCAGGCGGGUUUACCGUUAAAAACGAAAAAUGGUCACAAUUCCAGACUGCUUAAGGAAGUGCCUUUCCAAUAGACAAUGCGAUAGCAGCUGGGUCUAGUCUACUUAUGUCAUUGACUGUAUAUGAACCCAGGGGGAAAAAGCAGAGUGAGACAUCUCACUUCCUCUACCGUCUCUGCAGAAACAGACUUACCUGGACCACAGGUCUCCUCAGCCUGUCGGAGAGGGGGGGUCGUAUUCAAAUGGAAGAAAACUGACUGAAACAAUAAGGGACUUGUCCAAUACAAAAUGCUAAUUUUCAACUACAAAAUGUGUUUCUAAUGUGUGCCCUAAUGGAUAUGACCAUAUUCCAGAGGGACUCUGGUAGAGAGGUUGUUGGAGACUGACUGGGUUAGUAGAAGGUCCUACUGCAGCAACAGCCGACCUGGGGUUCCACAGAGGGUAGGUGGUUGUUGAAUAGAGACUGACUGGGUCAGUAGAGGGUCCUACUGCAGCAACAUCCUACCGGGGGUUUCACAGAGGGGAGGAUGGUGUUGAUUAGAGACUGACUAGGUUAGUAGAAGGUCCUACUGCAGCAACAGCCGACCUGGGGUUUCACAGAGGGUAGGUGGUUGUUGAAUAGAGACUGACUGCGUUAGUAGAGGGUCCUACUGCAGCAACAUCCUACCGGGGGUUUCACAGAGGGUAGGAGGUUGUUGAAUAGAGACUGACUGGGUUAGUAGAAGGUCCUACUGCAGCAACAGCCGACCUGGGGUUUCACAGAGGGUAGGUGGUUGUUGAAUAGAGACUGACUGGGUUAGUAGUAGACCUACUGCAGCAACAGCCUACCUGGGGUUUCACAGGCGAUAUAUAUCAUUCUGUACAAAUAAAUAUCACAUUAUUAUUAGAUUUAGAGAGAUUAUAUCAAUACAAUGUUACAUUACAAUAGCAUUUAUAUUUACAUAAAUGAAUAAAUGAUAUACUAAAUCUGUACCGAAGUUGAAA